AUGGUGCGCAGUUUUAGACAAAAAGAGAGAAUCUCACUCUUUACUUCUUUCUUGCCCCCGAGGCGCGUUUUGUACGUCGAAAGUAAAACUCUGCUUUGUGGUUCCCCGCGGGGGGAAACAAAUUGGAGACCAGAAAACAACGAACGCUUUCUCUCUCUCUCGCAUUCUCUGUCGUCCCCUCUCGCAAACGCACUCGCUGACCCUGAAACGUUUCUCUCUCUCGUCCCUCUUUCUUGCUUUCGCUGCUCUCCUCCUCGAAACGUGAACAACAACAAACAGGUCGUCUCGGAGAAAGAGCAAAAGUCCUCCACCACGAAUGGUUUGUUUUCCAAGCUGUUUUCCUCCAAUAAGAACAACAACAACAUCAACGCGUCGAGUAUGAAAGGCGAAGAGUCUCACGAGCGGCCUUUACCUCCUUCUCGUGGAGAACGCUUUCAACAGCAGGAGCAGGAGGAGCAACAAGAACACCAACAACCGUCGACGUCGUCGUCGGCGUGGAAACAACUUCACUCGGCGCAGUCUAAAUUGAACGCGGCGAACGCUAUGAAGAGAGGAGCCGGAGGGAAAGCGGCGACGACUUUGAGCAGCGGUGUCGGGACGACGACGACGAAAAUGUCCGCGGGGACGAAGAAGGCGAUGAAGUCCUCCAGGGAGGCAAAGUUUCGGAAUUAUUUGAACUUGGACGGAACUUUAGAUAAGUUGACGAGAGCGUUGGACGAUUUGUUGCGAAGUAACGUGAAACCAGAGUCGCCGGCGGAUUGGUUAGUCGCUCGAUUAUCGGACGACUACGCGAACAAACUGAAAGAAGCGCAAGAAGAUUUGGAAGAGCAAGUGAAGGAGAACGAAAAGUUAAAAGAACGGUUGGAUAAAUCGAGAAGUUUCGUGCAUCGAUUACAGGAAGACGUGGAAGAUUUGACGAAAAAGUUGGAAGAGGAGAAGGAAAUGGCAGAAGCGGUCGCCGCGAGAGCUAUGCACGAGCCGCAAGAGGUGGAGAUGUUGAAAGAGGAGUUGAGAGAGGUGAUGGAAGACGCGAACGAGAUGGCAGAUUUAAUCCGCGAGUACGAGCAAAGAGAAGAAGAGCGCUUGGCGGUGCGAAGCGUGAAGAAAGAGUUGCAAGAGGAACGAGAGAGGGUGUAUGGAAAUGGAACUUUACCGAGUCCUCGGUCGUCAGACGCGUCGUCGAAGAGAUUGAUGCGGUUCGAAGAGAUUAAAGAAAAGGUUAGAAGACAACACGAAGACGCACAGAGAUACAAACAGAACAGGAGCGGCGGAACAUCGCCGACGGCUUCGGAUAUGAGUUCGCAGUACGUUGAAGAGGACAACGCGCCAAAGUACACGAGGUCCGCGUCGAAGAGGAUUACCGAAAGCGAAGGAAAAAUGUUGUUUUAG